AGCGGUCGGCGGAGCGGCGCGGCGCGUAAUUGCUGUCGCGUGUUCUCUGUUCUCGUUGUCUCGCUGCCGCCAUGGCAACCGCGCUCUGCCCGCUCCGCGCCCUCAGCCGGACCGCUCUCCGGCCCCGCGCACGCUGCCUGCACCUCAGCGCACCCAGAGAUGAUGCUGUUGUGAUUUCUGGAAGGAAGCUGGCCCGGCAGAUCAGACAAGAAGCCCGGCAUGAAGUUGAACAGUGGGUAGCAGCUGGGAACAAGAGACCUCACCUCAGCGUGGUUCUGGUUGGUGAAAAUCCUGCAAGUCACUCCUAUGUGCUGAACAAAACCAAAGCGGCUGCUGAUGUGGGAAUCAGCAGUGAGACAAUCCUCAAGCCUGCUUCAAUUACUGAGGAGGAGCUACUGGAUUUGAUCAGCAAAUUAAAUAAUGAUGCCAACGUGGAUGGCCUGUUAGUGCAGCUUCCUUUACCUGAACACAUUGAUGAGCGGAAGAUUUGCAAUGCUGUGACUCCAGACAAAGAUGUUGAUGGCUUUCAUGUGAUAAACGUGGGGCGCAUGUGCCUUGACCAGUACUCCAUGCUGCCAGCCACCCCGUGGGGGGUGUGGGAGAUCAUAAAGAGAACAGGCAUCCCAACAUUGGGGAAGAACGUGGUGGUGGCUGGCCGGUCGAAGAAUGUGGGGAUGCCCAUUGCCAUGUUGCUGCACACAGAUGGCAGGCACGAGCGUCCAGGAGGUGAUGCCACAGUCACAAUAUCACACCGCUAUACUCCCAAGGAGCAGCUGAAGCAGCACACGAUCCGUGCUGACAUCGUGGUAGCAGCAGCAGGUAUUCCUAAUCUGAUCACAGCUGAUAUGAUCAAAGAAGGAGCUGCAGUUAUCGAUGUGGGGAUAACUAGAGUACAGGAUCCUAUCACUGCCAAAUCAAGGCUGGUUGGGGAUGUGGAUUUUGAAGGGGUGAAGAAGAAAGCCAGUUACAUCACUCCUGUCCCUGGGGGAGUUGGGCCCAUGACAGUUGCCAUGCUGAUGAAGAACACCAUCAUUGCUGCCAAAAAGCUGUUGAAACCCAAAGCACUGGAAGCCUUAACUGCUUAACACAGGACUCUCUUUUUAGCUCUGAAAACAACAUUCCAAGAUGACUCCUAGACAGGCCGAUAGAAAAUGCAAUACUUUAUUUAUUGUACAGAGGUGGUAUUUACUAUUCUGAGGUCAUAGAUAUUUAUUUGAAGCUGAAGCAUAUGCAUAUUAGCUGUAAUAAGGCAUAUGCAUCUACACUCCUGGCCUCCUAGCACAGCUGCUUUUUAAACCAGCACUUCUCUAAAGGAGCCAGCCUUGCAGACUGCUGUUCUUGCAGGGACUGAGCAGCAGUGGAAACCCUCUGGGUGUGCAGAGCUUGCUGCAGUGAUAGCAGUCCUGGGGGGAGUGGAGUGGAGUGUGCUCCACAGUGCAAAAAAGAAUGGCCUUCAUGGUUUUGUUCUCACAAAUGCUCAGUCAGCUCAGGCUUUGCUCUGAAGCGUUUAACUCUGUGAUGGGUGUUCAAUUGGAGCUGAGCUCUUCUGUGGAAGCAGCAACUGGAAAAAGCCAUGUUCUCAGCCCGGAUGGGGCUCUGGGCAGUGGUAGAGCUGAUGUACCAUGUUCAUAGUGUGCAGCUAAGCUUUUUGUUUGUUUGUUUUUUCCUGUUUGUAUGGUGACUUUUUAAAACUUUUUCUUCAACCAAAGAACGAUGGAAGGCUGUUGGUGUCUGUAUUGGCUAUGUGGAAAGCUUCCUGGACUAUAGCAUAAAGGGAGGAAGGAUGGAGUGGGGCAGACUCUGAAUGAAGUAGAAAUGGGGGAAUGCUGCUUGAUUCCUGGAAUUACUGCUCAGCAAGUUCUGUACUUCCCUGACAAGUUACCACACUUGUACUAUGAGCUCCCUGUGCUCUCAGAGCAGGGAUGGCUCAACCUUUCUCUAUGAGUUUGACCAAAAUGCAACUGCACUAUGGCUCUGGAUUGAGACAGCAGCAGCUGAUAGUGGAAGAGCAAACCAAGUCCUAAUUAUUUUCUCUUUAAAGUUACCCUCACCUGUGGUCAUUCAUCCUUGGGAAGACUGAUUCCAUGUUUCUGUGUACAGGGAAGCUUUGCUGUAGAGCUGAAGGUCUGUUGCUGUGCAAGAGCUGCAGCCACCUGCAAAGUCACCUCUAGUUGCUCUUCUCUAGAAGGGAGGAUGCUUAUACAAAUGCUAACCAGGGAGCACCUGGAAAGGGAAGCUGAGGCUGCACCAGAAACACAGUGAGAGCUGAGGCUAAUUUAAGUGAGAUUUAUUGGAUCGUAUCACUGGUAAAUACAAAAUGGCUAAAAGUAGUACUGUAACGGGGCUGGCAAAUCUGUGAUGCUCCAGUAUUUCAUAUACAAAAAGUAUAAACCAUGUGUGAGACCUGCAAAAUGGAGAAAUCGAAACAAGCUGUGUUCUAGAAGGAUCUGAGCUGAGGCUUCAGCUGUGCCCUAUGGAACAGCCCCCAGAGUCCAUGAAGCCUUUCCAGGGCUGCUGUGUAGUAGAGCUGACAUAGUGGAUAAAGCAAAUUAACCAUGGUGGAGUGAUUGCAAGCAGAAACCUACCUGUGCCAUGCUUCAGCUACCACACAUGAGAUUGGUACAAAAUACUAAAAAAUAGACACAGUGCACCCAAGCUGAAAUAGCUCUUAAUGUUAACGUCAAGCUAAAGUGGUGACUGGAGUAAUGCUGUCUUAUUAAGCUCA